GAUGAUAGACUUUUUUGAUAUGCCAUCUACAAAAUUAUAAGCACUCGUUUGCUCAACAACCCUUCAUCUUCAAGACAAGAAUCCUAUGCCGGUUCAAGAACGUUAGCACUAUGCAUUUUUACCGAUGCUUGACGCCUUGUCUUGAGUGAGCCAACUGCACUUUAGUGAAUAAUAUCAAUAAGUAGUUAGCAACUUUUUCGAUCGAUAGCAGCACUCCCGGCAGGGUUUGCUGUUCAUAAUCACAUGACUGACGUUAACACCAUACUACAUAGAUCGGGGAUGAAGAACCUCGAAUUUGAAUUGUUGCCAAUGGUUCAAUCAGUAUUGAUUGAAUCACCCAAAUAAGAAAAAUAACACACAAGCUGAAACACAGUAAACAUUUAUUUUAUGUUUUGGUGAUUACGCCAAUUUUGCAGUCAUUUCAGAAUAGCAUAAGCACAUUCUUCAUUGGAGUAAGAUACUACCAAAGAACUUGAAUCAAAUUUGCAUUUACCGUUGGCAUACCCUGAAAGUGGAGGUUCAUGACACACAUUAUGGGAGAUGACAAGUUCAACUGUGACGUUCUAACGCACCGAGCGAACAGGUUUCGGCACCACUUUUGCAGUUUGGUCAACCAUGCGGCCGCACUGCAAUUAGCCCGGCGCGGUGUGGUGGACUUUUCGCACAAUUAAGCUCGCUGCUACAUGCUGCUGAUCAAAUGAGUCUGAUCUUAACCAUUCGGUGAUGUGAUCUGGUCUCAGACGGUCGGAAAAAUGGUUUCGCGCGCAACUUUCAAACUUCGCCUAGUGAUUCUGAUUGGAAUGAUUAAAUAUCAUCUGAAAAGCUUGUGGCAGAAAUAUUACUUUGGCUACAAGCGACCUAAAGUGCAGCUUAAGUUGGGAAAACUCCGAGGAUUAACUGACAAGCUGCCGAACGGUGAACCGUAUCACUUCUUCAAGGGCAUCCCAUAUGCCAAACCACCGGUCGGGCCGCUUCGGUUUCAACCUCCAGUGCCAAUUCAACGUUAUGACGGAGGGAUGAUUGAUUGCUCAGUACACCGGAAUGAAAGCAUCCAGUUGAAUUUCCUUUUCAACACCGUGGCGGGGUCGGAAGAUGGCCUCUACUUGAACGUGUACACACCGGAGCUUCCCGAUAGUACAAAAUCUGCGCCAAACCUACCAGUGAUGAUAUUCAUCCAUGGGGGCGGUUUUCAGGAUGGAUCUGGGGAUAGCUUUCUCUACGAUCCUGUAGACUUGGUAGCUGCAGGGGUUAUUGUCGUCACUAUUAACUACCGUCUGGGACCUCUCGGAUUUUUAUGCCUACCCAGUGUGGGGGUCUAUGGCAACAUGGGGUUGAAGGAUCAGCGUCUAGCAUUCCAGUGGGUGCAGGAAAACAUUGCUCAAUUCGGAGGAAAUCCGAAUAAUGUGACUCUGUUUGGCUGCAGUGCUGGAAGUAUUGCAGCUCAGCUUCAUUACUUAUCCAAAAAUUCGAGAUAUCUGUUUCAUCGAAUAAUCUGUCAAAGCUGUACCGGGUUCUCGAUGCCGUAUUUGCAGCAGAAUCCAGUGGCUAAGUCGCGAAAAUUGGCAAGUGUUGUGAAGGGCGGCAAACAAAUUUCAGACAAAGAAGCAUUAGAUAUUUUGCUGCGAUCUUCCGCUCGUACGUUGGUGAAGUUACAGACAAAAGCGUUCACCGAGCACGAUAGCCCACUGGAUCCCUACAAAUUUUACUUCCGAGCAUGCGUCGAACCUGUAGAGACUAAAGAUGGUGUCAUCGCGGAAACACCGGAGACAAUUCUCAAACGAGUAGACUCCUUCAACAUGCCAAUAAUCACCGGAUGCUGUGACACUGAGGGCGGUCUGAGCAUGCAUCUUCUGUUGGAUAAGUUGAAAGCCAUCAAUGCCAAACAGGAACAUACCAUGAUCUCAUCCAUUGUGAGGGAUGCAGACAUUCCGGAUCGAGCCCAACUGGCUGCCGAUGCCAAAAGGCUUUAUUUCGGAAGCAAACCCAUUGACCGGAACAGUUUGAAGGAGUUGAGUAAUCUGUUCACAGACACGGAUUUCGUUGCUCAUCAAAUGGUUUCCACUGAGUGGAUUUCAAGGUAUCAACCUAGAGUUAAGCACUACAACUAUCGUUUCACGUUCGACGGGCAGUAUGGUUGUAUGGAGCGCGUUCUAGGGACAACGAAUAUCGGAGGAACUUGGCAUGGUGACGACAUGUUCUACAUUUUCAAACCGGCGUUUCUGCCUCGUUUGCCAGCUCAAUCAGAUGAAGAAAAAGUGAAACAAACAUUCAUACAAUUGUGGUCUAGCUUUGCCAAAAACGGAGAGCCUUCAUUGGGAGAUGCCAAGGCGGUGGAAUGGUUACCAGUCCAGUCUUACGCUGGAAGUCAAAAUCUGUUCCAACUAGAUUAUCUGAACAUUGACGUCAAAACGAGGAUGAUGCAAAAUCAUUGUCGACAAAGAUUAGCGUUUUGGCGGCAGUGUAUAAUAAAGUAUAAGAAAGAUUUCUUGUGAUGAUAAAUAUGAGAACUACUAAACUAAACCAGAGUUUUCUCGAAUAAACAAAUUAAUAAAGUGCAAAUGCUUCAUUGUCAGUGUCCAUAAGAGUUCAUAUGUAACAGUGGAAUGCGUGAUAAUAAAGGUAUCAAAAAGCCUUCCUCGGAUAUAUUGUCUAGUUCUCAGUUUUGAACACAUCAUUACUUUUAAGCCAUAAGUUGUACUCCCAGGAACUAACUGCCAACUGCAGCUUUCUUGGAACAUCGGGCACUAAUCAGAUGUUGUGGCACUGUCUUGUUCGCUUGGUUUCAUAAUGUUUUAAGCCAACUGAUAUUGAUUCUGGCAUCAAUGUUGCCGGAUUAUAGUCCAUCAUCUGUGAAAU